AUGAUACCCUUCCGAUCAGGAGCCGUAGGAGUAUCGGGAGCCGUUGCCCGAACAGUGGGUGGGGGUACUCGGGCCAAGCUGGGGAUACCGACUAUCGUGGAUGGAUACAACAGGGAUAGGUUCAUGAUGGCUAACGAGGAUGGCUUUAAACUCGAGUUAUUCGUUGGCCUAUGA